GUCACACGUAAAGUCAAUAAUGGGCAGUUUCACGAAAUCGUUAAGUAUAUAAUAAGGUACCCUCGGUAGAUGGAAUCAUUCGAAUCUCAACCCGCUAACGAAAUGGCAACCAAAGUUAUUUUAGUCUUUGCAAUUUGUUUAAUGUCGUGCUGCAUGGCAUCGCACGUGGUACCAGCGUUUGGAGCAGCCUACGUCGCCCCAUAUGCCAGUUCGUACACGGCCCAUGUCGUGAACCACGCGGUUGCCGCCCCCGUAGUUGCGCCAGUUGCAGCGUACAGCGCGUAUUCAGCUUUACCAUAUCCUUACACCGCACCCUUAAUUCUGAAGAGAUAACUGCCAGUAUGCCUAAUGUGAAUUUUGACGUUUUG